GGGACAGGCCUUCUCUCGUUACCGUUGGCAUUCAAACAUGCUGGACUUUUUCUGGGUCUUUUCCUCACGAUACUAAUUUGUCUCGUUUGUCUCUACUGCAUGCGGCAAGUGUGUUCGCCGCUCAUUUCGUCUGUAAUAGAAAUGGCCGCGAUUUGAUUGAUUAUGCUAAUAUCUUGCGAGGUGCUGUAGAGAUGGGUCCAAACUGGAUUCGACACAAGGGAUAUUUUUUCAAGCAGCUGCUCAAUGUGAACAUGUUCGUUUCCCAGUUAGGCUUUUGCUGUGUUUAUUUCGUAUUCAUGGCCGAUAAUUUGGAAGAUUUUUUCAAUGCCAAUACAUCAAUCAAGCUCUCAAAAGCCGUCUGGAUGCUCCUGCUUUUGAUCCCGAUGUUAUCUAUUUGUUCUAUAAGAAGACUCUCUGUGCUGGCUCCACUUGCUAUGGCUGCUAACUUUGUGUACAUAGUCGCCGUAGGAAUUGUUCUUUUCUUCUUUAUCUCUGACCUCCGACCCGUUAACUCAUUGCCUUGGUUUGGAAAAGCAGCUGAUCUACCUCUUUUCUUCGGUACUGUGAUGUUUGCGUUCGAAGGAGUUGCUGUGAUAAUGCCCAUCGAAAAUCGUAUGCGGAAUCCGCAAUCGUUUAUCGCUUGGAAUGGCGUUCUGAAUUCAAGCUGUCUGGUUGUCUUGGCUAUUUUCUCAGUCACAGGAUUUUAUGGGUACCUCUCAUUAGGUGAUGAGGUGAAGGAUACAGCUACGCUGAAUCUCCCAUGA